AUGACACCCCCACGCCGUAUCGUUAUCCUAGGCGGGGGAAUAGCCGGUCUCACAGCUGCCUAUCGUCUCUCUUCUCUUCUCCCCUCGUCCAAGAUCACCCUGCUCGAAACGACCGAUCGACUGGGAGGAUGGGUUCGUUCUGUCCCCUAUCGUGUCACGUCUCUCGAUGAGCUGGGGGGAGCAUCGACCAAGGAUGUGGUCUUGGAUUCUGGACCUAGGACUUUGAGACCUAGGGGUAGUAAAGGGGCGAUGAGCACUUUGCGUCUGGCGAAUCUCGGAUUGGAAUCAUCUCUCAUACCUAUACCCAAAUCCCACCCAUCGGCUAAAUCCCGAUUCAUACUCGAUCCCAACACUUAUACACUCACCAAACUCCCUAGCGGUAUAUCAGACUUUUUUAAACUUCAACCUCCUCUUUUAAGGGGUUUACUCAAAUCUCUAUUGCUAGAACCAUUCGCCAGUCUUCGACGUAUUCCCAAUAUCAACUCUAAACCCCACUAUGAGCAUUCUGUCAUGUCAAAACAAACGGAGCGGGGAAAAGACGAAACGGUCGAUUCAUUCAUCUCUCGACGAUUUGGAAAACCCAUGACUUUACUUGUCAGUUCUAUGAUCCAUGGGAUUUACGCUACCUCAUCUUCUGUUCUUUCUGUCAGAUCAUCACCUUUCGCUUAUGCUUGGAAGACGGAGAGGAAAUACGGUUCGAUAAUCCCUUAUAUCUUUUUACCUCGACAUGAUCCAUCUGUCCCCACGCUGGACAUGAAAGAAGAUGAUUAUAUGAAUGAUAUGAAGAAACAAAGUUCCGAUUGGAGUCUUUAUGGAUUAAAAGGUGGUUUGGAAAGUUUAACUUCAAAAUUGAGUUCUCAACUUGUUCAAAGUAAGAAUGUCGACAUUCAUCUUUCAUCCAAAGUUACAUCAAUAGAAAUAUCUUCUCUUGACCCGAUGUACACCUCACAAAAUACUUUCGAAGCAGAUUGUAUAAUCUCAACUCUACCUCCUUCCACUCUCUCACAUCUUUUACCACUUUCUCAACUAGGUGUGAAUCCCUCUACAACAGUAGGAGUUAUCAACCUUCUUUAUCCUCUAGAUCCAAAACAUGUUCAUCCAGAAGGUUUCGGAUAUUUGAUACCUAAAUCCACCCGAAGACAAAACCCAGAAGGGGUAUUAGGUGUCAUCUUUGAUUCUACAGCUUUACCAGGAGUGGAUUCUUCUGAAGGAUUUACAAAAUUGACAGUGAUGAUAGGUGGACCAUAUUGGUCAAAUUUAGAUCCAUCUUACAACCCCUCUUUAAUUUCACAAACCCCAAAUUCUGGACGAUCGAAUGGGAGAAUAGAGGAUCAAAAGAAUAUUUUCAAGAUACCGAAAGAAGAAGAAUUAUCAGGAUUAGCAUUGAAACAUUUACACAGAGUGUUUCCUAAUUUAGAAAGAACGAAACCUUUGUUAAACAUUUCUCAUUUACAUAAAGAUUGUAUACCGACUUAUCUUCCUGGACAUGGGGAUAGAUUGAGGAAGACGCAUGAAGAGAUUUUGAGUAAAAAAUGGGGAGGAAGGUUGAUAUUGGCUGGAAAUGGGUAUGGUGGAGUGGGGGUUAAUGAUAGUGUUUGGAGUGCUGAAUGUGCUGUUAAAGGGGUAAUGGAGGGGAGACAGAUUACGGGAUUGGAAGAUUGGGCAAAGUGGGAAUGA